CAGUUUUUGGAAAAUAAUUUGUGACACUAAACUGCACGUAAGUCAGUUAUGUUUCCCUGCUGAAUCGGACGCUGUGAAUCGGAAGCUAACUUCAGCUUUAAGUUUCCCUUAAAUUUCCCCUUAACCCCCGAAUCGGAAGCCAACUUCUGCGUCGUCAAAACAUGCAUCAAAACAACAGAGACACCAUGUGCAGUGUGAUGACUUGUUCUCUCACUUUUUUAAAGUAGGCCUUUCCAAAUUCUUCUGACAGUCCCUCUCGCCAGCUUCUCCCAAACCCUGGAGGUGUGUGAGCGGAAGCGUGGAGUCUCUCCAGCGCUGCUCUCUUGUUGCGGGCUAUCCGGUCAAGCUGCUCCGGGGACAGAGGAGCAAGAGGGAGGCUGGAAGCCUCUGGCUCCACCACCGAGGACCUCAGCUUCUUCUGGAUAAUUUUAGUGUAUUUAGCAAAAUACAAAACAGGUGAGAAGCGUACAAGUGGAGGCGAGACUAGCUUUAGAGACCGUCGACAGUGCAGUACAAACAUGCUCGAGCUAUGGUAGCUGUAAUUAGGACUUUUAAAAACAAUCAAGAACACAGCGGUACUUGUGAACGCAGCUUGGGUUACGCUGAACGUGUCGUGGGAAAAGAUAAAUCCCUUAGUGUUUCAAAUCAUAGACAAAUACUACUACAAAUUCACUGUCUUAAACAUCCUAAACUUAAGCUCCUCAGAGUUCCACAGACAACAGGUUACUGCAAUGGAUAAGUUUGUGAAUAAAAGCUCCUGUAUUUAUGAUGCAAAAAGUCCACGGAAGAAGAUCAAACUGGAGAGUGAUAAGAGGAUCGAGAAUGAGGAUGAGGGAGGGGAGUUCUCUCAUCCUGUUCCCUGGCAGAAAAUAGAGGCAGAGGGACUAGACUGUGAUUAUGCUCUGCUGUUCUCCAAAGAAGAAGCACACCACCUUUUUAAACAGCUGGAGGAGGAAGUGGUGUACUCAACAGGAGAAGAAGCAAAGGUCCAGUUGUUUGGAAAGGUGCACAAUAUACCCAGAAAGCAGGCUACAUAUGGAGACGCAGGUCUCACCUACACUUAUUCUGGGGUGACACGUUUAGCCUGCCCCUGGACUCCAACCUUGGAAUAUAUUCGGGAUGCUGUCACAAAAACAACUGUACAAACAUUUAACUUUGUUCUGGUCAACAGGUACAAAGAUGGGCAGGAUCACAUGGGUGAGCAUCGUGACGAUGAGAAGGAGCUGGACCCCCUCUGUCCCAUCGCCUCUGUCUCUCUGGGAGCGCCACGAGACUUUAUCUUCCGGCACAGAGAUGCUCGGGGAAAACAGAGCCACCGACAGAUCAAACCCGUGAAGCUGGAGCUUGCUCAUGGAAGCCUGCUCCUUAUGAACUCACCGACCAACACUUUUUGGUACCACAGCCUGCCUGUUCGCAGAAAGAUUUCCUUGCCUCGUAUCAACCUCACCUUUAGGCGCAUCCUACUGGGAAGAAAGAAAUGACCAAGCGUGGAUUAUCACCUGGGCCAAUGGGGCCAGUGCCCAAGAAGCUGAGUAAUUAGUCAGAAGUCUGACUAAGGGGCCCCAAGUCAAGUCACUUCUGUCCUUGGACACGUGGUCAAAUAUCACAAAUCUAAAAUUUGUUUGUUUAUGUUGCAGCUGAAUCUGACUGACCAAAUGACAGCACAAGGUGAAAUAAGUGAUGAGAGAUUCUGGAGAAUGAACACAUUUUACAGUAAUCAGUGGUUUAAAAAUGUUUAAAAUGACACUUCU